UAGAUCUCCCACGCGCACCAUGGCAUCACUUACUUUUGUUUUGUAAAGUCCGUUACCACCGAGAUGCAGCUAUGGUGGGGUCCAUAGUGCAUAUCAAACAGGGUAGAGAUUGCGUGGCAGCGGCGUUAAUGAUGUGUUUAUGAUAACUUCGACGCCACUACAAAACCGCUCGAUUCCCAGACGUGCCUCGUAUACUUGCAUAUCAAUACACAACUCAAUUCAAACUUACAGCAUGUCUCUUAAAUACAACAAGGUUCUCGUGCUAGGCGCGACAUCCGGCAUUGGCUGGGCACUCGCAGAGAAGAUUGUAGAAGACGGCAAACACGCCAUCAUCGUUGGACGGCGACAAGAAAAGCUCGACGAAUUCCAGAAGAAGUACGGCAGCGACAAAGUCUCGAGCAUCGUCUUUGACAUUACAAAGCUCGACGAGAUCCCAAAGUUUGUCAAAGAUGUAACGAGCAAGCACCCGGACCUCGAUUCCAUUUUCCUCAACUCGGGCAUCCAGCGCGGUUUCGACUUUUCCAAGCCCGAGACGGUGGAUCUAGAUAUGCUGGAGAUGGAGUUUAGGACGAAUUAUCUGUCGUACAUGCAUCUUACCACGGCAUUCAUCCCGUUCCUCCAGAAGCAGGACAAGGAAACUUCGCUCAUUUACACGACCUCUGGACUUGCGCUCAUGCCACUUCCGCGUUGUCCGAACUACUGCGCUUCCAAAGCGGCGCUGCAUCACAUGAUCCUUGUUCUCCGCCAUCAACUAGCAAACGGACCCGGAAACAUCAAGGUCAUUGAGAUCUUCCCGCCAGCUGUGCAGACGGAGUUGCACGAUGCGAAACACCAGCCGGAUAUUAAAGAUGGGGGCAACAUUGGCAUGCCGCUGACUGAGUUUACGGAUGAGGCUUGGAAGGGAUUGGUGGAGGGCAAGGAUCAGAUUCCGGUGGGAUUUGUUGGAAAGGCUUUUGAUGCGUUUGAGAACAAGAGGCAGGAGAUGUACAAGCAGAUCUUCUUGUCGCAGUCGUAGGCAUUGAGUGCAGAUAGUAAACAUGUAAAAAUAGACGGCGGAUGAGUGGGGCC